UUGUUCUCAAGUUGCAGGAGAGAGGUCUUUAUCAUCUGCCAGAAGCUACUCAGCUGGCUGCAGUCCCUCCUGGCCCACACCAUGGCCAAGAGCCUUGGUGAUCAUCUGCUAAACGCCCUGGAGGAGCUGCCGCCCUAUGACUUCGAGAAGUUCAAGUUCAAGCUACAGAACACUGGCCUGGAGAAGGGCCACUCUAGGAUCCCCCGGGGCCACACGCAGACGGCCAGGCCAGUAAAGCUGGCCAGCCUCCUGAUAACCUACUAUGGGGAGGAAUAUGCCGUAAGACUGACCCUGCAGAUCCUGCGGGCCACCAACCAGCGCCAACUAGCAGAGGAGCUUCGCAAGGCCACAGGCCCAGGACAACUAACUGAAGAAAAUAGAAUUGGUAGUUCUGUCCAGUCUUCUUCAGAGAAUAAGGCCAAGAGUGUGAAGGUACCAGAUGUCCCUGAAGGUGAUGGGACACAGCAAAACAAUGAUGAAUCAGACACACUGCCACCCAGCCAGGCUGAAAUGGGGAAGGGACCCCAGAAGAAAUCACUGGCCAAAAGGAAGGAUCAGAGGGGCCCUGAGAGCCUGGACUCACAGACCAAGCCAUGGGCCAGGAGUGCAGCACCUCCUUAUAGAAGAACCCUGGGUAUCCAGUCCCCAGGGGACAAGGAGCACAUGGCAAGCGGCCAGCUCCGCAGGAAUCUCAGCUCUGCAGGGAGGCUUCAAGGACUCUACAAUAAUGUCCCAGUGAGGAGAGAAAGCAAGAAAGCUGAAGUGUCCGGAAAGAAGAGGCCCAGGAGUCUUGAAAUUACCACUUAUUCAAGAGAAGGAGAACCCCCAAAUUCAGAAACUCUUCCAGCUCAAGCGGAAACAAGAAAUGGGAGUCUCAUUCGCAUGAGAGCAGCUACUGUGAAUGGAAGGACUACAGGGGCUCUAGAAAAGGGCACAGGGAUUCCAGAGCAUUCCAUGAUGCUGGAUGAAGAAACAUUCAGAAACAUGUCUUCCAAAACAUCAUUGAUUGGGGAGGAGAGAUGCACUACAUCAUGGACGGAAAAUGGGAACAGGAGUCCAGAAACUGCAGAGUCCUCGGAAGAGAUGGCUGGCAGCAUACUCCGUGAUUCCCACAAUCCAGAUGUGCCUUUGUCACUAUGUAAAAAAUCAGCUCAAACUCCAGAAGACCCAGUAUCCUUAGGACAGGCCGCUUGUAAAGGAAGGUCACAGGGCAAGCCUGCAUGCCCUCUUUGCCACACCCAGGAAGGAGACCUGCAUGGUGAUACCUCUGUGCAAAAUUCCUGCAGCUGCUCCAUUGCUCCUGGGGAUCCCAAGGCCUCAUGCAGAGGCUCCCUAUGCUUCCAGUGCCAAAGUUUACUUUCAAGAAAGAGCCGUGAAGCCCAGAGUCCCCAGUCCCUACCACAGUGCCCUCGUCACGUGAAGCAGGUGCAGCUGCUUUUCUGUGAGGACCACAGGGAACCCAUCUGCCUCAUCUGCAGGCUGAGCCAGGAGCAUCAAGGACAUCGAGUGCGCCCUAUAGAGGAGGCUGCACUAGAGUACAAGGAGCAGAUCCGGAAGCAGCUGGAGCGCCUGCGGGAGAUGAGGGGAUGUGUGGAGGAGCACAGGCUACAGGGAGACAAGAAAACAGACGACUUCCUGAAACAAACAGAAACCCAGAAGCAGAGGGUUUCAUGUCAGCUUGAGAAGCUAUACCAAUUUCUGGAGCAGCAAGAGCAACUCUUUGUGACCUGGCUACAGGAGCUAAGCCAGACCAUCAGCAAGGUCAGAGAGACAUACUAUGCCCGGGUUUCCCUACUGGAUGAGCUGAUUGGAGAACUAGAGGCCAAGCAAGACCAGCCAGAGUGGGAGCUCAUGCAGGACAUUGGAAUCACCUUGUACAGGGCUAAGACGAUGACUGCCUCUGAGCUGCUGAGCACUCCUCCAUGUGUUAAAGAAAAGCUCCACCUGCUCUACCAGAAGUCAAAGUCUGUGGAGAAGAAUAUGCAGCAUUUCUCAGAAACUCUGACAUCCGAAAUGGCAUUCAGUGAUUCAGAUGUAGCAAAAUGGGAAGGGUGCCAGCCUAGCACCACACAGGCCCAGGGCUUGAUCCCCACCGUUCACCUAAAGUGUGAUGGUGCACACACACAGGACUGUGAUGUAGUAGUACUUUACCCAGAACUGGAAGCUGGAGGAUCAGAGCCUCAAGAUUACCUUCAUCCUCAGCCAGCUCAAGACACACCUGAGCUAUGUGAGGUCCAUUCUCGGAACAGCAAAAGAAAAUUUAAAUCUUUCCUGAAAUGGAAACCUUCAUUCUCCAGAACUGACUGGCGCUUAAGAACAUGCUGGUAAAUGCCUAAAUCAAGGCAAGUAGUGGCCUUGGCACACCGGGUCCCUGUUUGUUCCUAUCCUCUACCACAGUCUCUCUGAAUUCCCUCUUCCUUAGACUGGGAGCACCUUGGGAGAAGCCGGCAGGUGGCGCACUCCCAGCUAGGUAUUCUUCUUCCUGCAGUUACAGUGAUUCGGACCCAGCAGCUGCUCACCCCAACCUCAUCCUCUUGCUGCUAUGAAGAGUGCGAGAUUUGGAAACAAGUUGUACCUGCUGCCUGACAGUCUCCAGAGGUUCUAAAGUUACAUCCUCACCGUGGGGACUCCUAGCUUUGACUUCAGCUGCCAUCACUGGGAGGUGGAGUUUGGAGACAAGACAGUUCAGGUCCCGGGAACAUGCAAAGCACUGGAGAGCAGGAAGGAAAAUAUACUUGCAGAGAAUGGCUCCUGGGUGGUAAUUAUAGCAACACAGCAGGAAGGCUCUAUUCUCCAGCCUGUGAAUGAGGGUGCUUCCAAGCUGGCGGGCAGCUUCCAAGGCUACACAGCUAGGAGCCAUAUGACAUAUACAUGGCUUCUCCCCUCCAAGUCCCAUCAACCAGCUUUUAACCCUGGGGCAUGUGAUGAAGAACAUAGCUCUUCUGAACCAUCAGUCCCAUCUGUGACCAGAUACUUCACCAAGUGCCCAACACUGUGCCAACAUUCUGGCUCCUGGUCUUAUGUCUCAUACUCAUGCAUUCAGAAGUCAUCAACAAAGUGUCAGCUGGCAUAAGGGAUGUGACGAAUAGGAAAAUAAUAUUAGGCUGGGUGUGAUGGUGUACACCUCAGAACCUGGGAGGCUGAGGCAGGGUGGUACCUGUGAGUUUGGGUCUAGCCUGAUGAAUUUCAGGUUACUCUGACUGUGGUCCAGCCUCCACACAAAAAGAAAGAAAAUAAUACUGGUACUUGUAUUAUUUAGUACUACUACUGCUGUAGUAAAAUACUGUGAUAAAAGCACUUGGGGAAGGAAGCAUUUAUUUUGAUUCAUAGUUCAAGGGUUUAGUGAAUCCUGGCAGAGCAGCCACAAUGGAGGCAGGCACUUGAAGCAGAUGGUCACCUUACAUCCGCCAUCAAAAGGCAGAGAGUGAUGAACUUCAAAAGCCCAUCUUCCUCAUUCACUAUGCCACCCAGGACUUGACCUAGGGAAUGUUGCCACUCACAUUUAUAGGGUGGGUCUUCCCACCUUAGUUAACCCACUCAAGAUACACUCUCACACACAUGCACAGAGGCUUGUCCCAGGCAUGAUUUUAAAUCCCGAAAAGUUGACAAUAUUAGCCAAUACAGUAUGCAAGAAGCACACCAAACCCUAGCAGAGGUACUAGAAUACUGUCAAUCAAAGGUGGAGGGACCGUCCAUAAUGACAUACAGUGGUGGUUAGAAGAGGAAGUGCAUAGCUCUUGCAUUGUACAGCAAGAAUUAUUACUCUCGGAUGUUCUUGAGACAGGAUACCAUUUCAUGUUUCCUCUCCAGAGAAGAAUAUACCCGUCAUUCUGUCUGCCCUGGCCUUGAGGACACAUAAAACCUACAGAAAAGAAAUAUGAGCAGACUCCAAAUGGAGAGCACUCUCCCUGCCUCUUUUGUUCUAACUCUUAGUGAAGCACCUUCCUGGGUUUAAAAGUUGAUGCCUUUAAAAGAACCACCACAUUUAGCUCUCCAUAUCAUGUAUUGUAUGUCCAAUGCUCUUCCCACCCAUCUUCAGGUCCAAUCAUGGUCUAGUGACCCUUACAGUCUAAUCAGUCUCAUACCCAAAGGGAAUUAUGCAUCAGCUUCCUUUCAGGCAGUCUGCUGCUAUUCUUAUCAUUAUAAAAUACUAUUUUG